GGCCACGUGGUUAGAUGAUGUGCAACAGCCGGUGUCAUCAUUGACCAUAUUUUCCGUCCUCAACAUGGCGAAUAUCUAUUUUAAUUUAGUUUUUAUCUUACUUUUAUAUGUUUUACAAAUUUUAUCAUUGGAUUUAAAAAACGUGAUUGAUCAUUAUGAGAGAUACAACUUAAUGAAAGUUUUAGAAGGGGGUAAAUUUCUUAAAGGAAUAAAUGAUCCAAAAUCGGAGACGGGAGAAUAUCCGGUAGAAGUAGCAGAGGUGAAGCCAUUCUAUAUUGAUGUAUAUCCCGUUACAAAUGCACAGUUCUGGAAAUUUAAACAAUUAAGAUCCGGAUACAAAACUGAUGCAGAAACUCAAAAUUGGUCAUAUGUACUGAGACCAUUUGUAAAUGGAACUGAAGUUGCUCAAUUUAAAGAUGCUCCAUGGGUUGAGGUCAAAGGUGCGCAGUGGGAUAAGCCAGAAGGUCCUAAUUCCACCAUCUUGGAUCGCCUGGAUUAUCCCGUUGUACAUGUUAGUUACCAUGAUGCCAAAGCUUUCUGUGAACAUUAUAAGAAACGUAUACCAUUGGAAGUUGAAUGGGAGUAUGCAGCACGUGGAGGCUAUUAUGCAAAAGAUUAUCCCUGGGGAGACAGAUAUCAAAAGAACAGAGCAAAUUUGUGGCAGGGAAAGUUUCCAAAUGGAAAUACUAAAGCAGACAAGUGGGAAGGAUUGAGUCCUGUUCAUGCAUUUUCUGCACAAAAUGAUUUUGGAUUAUAUGAUAUGCAAGGCAAUGUAUGGGAGUGGACAGACACUAGAUAUUAUGAACGAGUAGUACCCAGACACGUACAAGAUAGGAUGUAUGUUGUCAAAGGUUGCUCCUUUGUGGAUACUAGAGAUGGUAGAUCUAACAGCAUAGUUAGAGUUGCCCAAAGAAUGGGUCUUGUACCGAGCUAUACAGCACAAAACGUAGGGUUUAGAUGUGCCAAAAGUGCAAAGCAUUAUUGGAAACCACCAGUCGCUCCACCGAAGAAGGUCCUACCAAUGGAUAGACCAUCAGGACCGAGACAUCAUCUAAGAUCGGAAAUGGCGGACCCGGAUUUAGCAGAAAAAUUAAAACAACAAAGAUUGAAAAGGAAAGAAGAAUUAUGAUGAAAUGAGAUACUUAUAGACACUUAAAAUUACUUAAUUCAUAUUCAAUGCAUACUUAAUAAGAACAUUGCAG